AUGAAAGUCUUCGCAUCUACUUGCACCUUCGAUUACUCAUGGGACGAGGUUUCCACGGCCAACUGGCGUAAAUAUUGCCCAUGGAACGACCAGUCGACUCAUGUCAUCGCGGUUGAUGUGCUUGCCCACGAUAUCAACCCGGAAACCGGAAUCACGGCGCCUCAAUGGAUCCUCAAACUCUUUGGGGGUAGUUCUACAUCUCACGUCUUCGAGGUGUCUUAUGUCGACCCACGAUCCAAGAAAGUCACCAUGUGGUCCACCAAUCUAUCAUGGGCCAAUGUCCUCAAGGUCCGAGAAGUCGUCACCUACCAGCCAUCCAACUCGAUGCCCGGAAGCAAGACAGAUUUCAAGCAGGAGGCCCAGAUAACGGCCAUGUGCAGUGGAUGGCAGAAAAUCAAGAACAAGAUCGAGGACGUGAGCGUGGAAACCUUCAGCCAAAACGCAAAGAAGGGCCGAGAGGGCUUUGAGUCCGUUCUUGAGAUGAGUCGGCGGGUUUUCUUGGAACACAAGAAAGAGCUGGAGGCCCAGCGCAUGCACCAAUAA